AUGGGCCCACGGAAGUACUCGAUGAAACCUUCCGAGAUCGGGACGCACGCGAUCGGGACUCCCCAGGAGCGUGUCGGGGUGGUGGCCCUAACGGCAGACCUCCUGCGCGCCUGCCGGGCUGCCGCUGACCCGUUGGCCGUGCUGCGUGCGCACACCGAGCUGCCCUGCGCUGCGGGCGUGCGCGUGGGGGUGGGGCCCGGCAAGACCACCCAUGCGACCGCCACGGAGAAGCACCCCAUCUUCCUGAGCGCCAGGGCCGAGCCGCCCGCGGUGUCGCGGCAGUGGAUCUUCGGCCGAGGCGCCUUCGUGGAGUGCUUGCUGAAGAUCGCCUUCCUGCACCUGGGCUACCACGGCACCGCGGAGCAGAGCGCGCAGCCCAGCCUGUCCAAGGCGGUCUGGCUGCUGCUGUUCCUGCACUGGCAGUUCGACAGCGUCAAGGGGCACCUGCCCGCGCUGACCCGGAAGGCCGCGGGCGCGGCGGAGGGCGAGGGCGAGGAGCGCGCCGCGCCGACGCACGUGCCGCCUCUGUGGAGGCUCGUGCGCAGACACCCGCGCCUCUUCCUGGACUACCCCGUGGCUCCGCCCUGCGACAUGCUGCCCAUGUCGAGCCAGAGGCCGGCGACGGCGCCGUGCGGCUCAGCGCAGUGCGGCGGGGGGCAGCCGCAGCACGGCUGGGGCAGCGCGGGCUGCCCCAGGUGCUGCCAGGCCGACACCGUGGCGACCGGGGCGCUCGACGAGGGGCCGCCCCUGGCGACGGGCCUCACGUCGCUGGACCGCAUCAUGCUGAAUUUGAGCGUCGGUGCGCAAGCCAGCGUUUGA